UAUUUUCGCAUUUGCUUUUGCUUUGUCUUUUUGUUUUUGAACACGGACGGACGGACGAAGACGGAUACAUGAGUAGAAAGAUGAAUACGAACAAUAAUGCGAGUUGGAAGACGAAUACGAAGAAUAUAGGAAGACCAAUACGAAUACGAGGAAGAAGACAAAUACAAAGACGAAUAAGGAGAUGAAAACGAAUACAAAUAAGAAGACGAAUGUGAACACAAAUUCGAAGACGAACCCGAAUACGAAUACGAACAUGAAUAUGCUAACGAAGCAAGGCUGAAAACGAAUACACAGACCUACCGAAGUUGAAUAAGAAGACGAAUUCGAAUACGACGACGAAGAUAAAUACGAACACGAAGACAAAUACGAAGACGUAUAUCAAGAGGAAAACGUAGAUGAGUGCGUAGACGAAUACGGAGAUGAAUAUGAAUAUGAAGACGUAGAUAAAUACGAAGAAGAAUACGACGAUGAAUACGAUGAGGAAUACGAAGACUAAUGGGAAGGCGAAUACUCCGAAAUGAAUACGAAGACAGCGGCUAUAAUGAAUACGAAGCUGAAUGCGAAAACUAACACGAAGACGAAUAGGAACAACGCCCCAUUCCAGAAAUCGGAGAUCAUGAUGUGCUUUUAAAAAUGGACUCUGUCGGCAUUUGCGGUUCCGAUGUACACUACCUAGUCCAUGGACGUAUCGGUGAUUUUGUACUCAACAAGCCAAUGAUUAUUGGACACGAGGCUUCUGGCGUAGUUGCAAAGUUGGGCAAAGACGUUAAACAUCUAGCUGUUGGUGAUCGUGUCGCCUGUGAACCGGGUGUACCUUGCCGCUACUGUGACCACUGUAAGGGCGGUCAAUAUAAUCUCUGCCCAGAUAUGGUAUUUUGUGCCACACCUCCGUAUGAUGGCAACCUCACACGCUAUUACAAGCAUGCUGCUGAUUUCUGCUAUAAACUGCCCGAUCAUGUUACCAUGGAGGAGGGUGCAUUACUUGAACCACUCGCAGUUGGUGUACAUGCGUGCCGCCGUGCCGGUGUGGGCCUGGGUUCAAAAGUGCUGGUAUUAGGAGCGGGUCCUAUCGGAUUGGUGACACUGCUGACGGCGCAAGCAAUGGGCGCAGAUCAGAUAACGAUUACGGAUUUGGUGCAGAAUCGCUUAGAUGUCGCCAAGGAAUUAGGUGCCACGCAUACGCUGCUCAUGGAUAAGGAUGACAGCGUAGAGGAGAUAGCCAAACAAAUACAUCAAAUAAUGGGUGUAGAGCCAGAUAAGACGAUCGAUUGCUGCGGUGCUGAGUCAACAACACGCUUGAGCAUUUUCGCUACACGCUCCGGCGGCUGCGUUGUCAUCGUCGGCAUGGGUUCACCAGAACCAAAAAUUCCGCUGAUCAACGCUUUAGCGCGAGAGGUUGAUAUACGCGGUGUAUUCCGUUACUGCAAUGACUAUCCUGCUGCUCUGGCGUUAGUCGCUACCGGUAAGGUAAAUGUUAAAAGACUGAUUACUCAUCAUUUUGAUAUCACCGAGACGGCGAAGGCAUUCGAGACUGCGCGUUAUGGCCAUGGUGGCGCCAUUAAAGUAAUGAUACACGUACAACCAAAGGAUACCAACAAUAAAAAAUAGGAGAGCCUGGCUGUUUGAUCCUCCUGUAGUGUAAAUAUAUAAAUGUUUAAUGCAUGAAUGAAAGACAAUAAUUAUUGUAAAUAAGCGUUUUUAAAAUAAGAGUUAGAAAAAAUAAAAAAAUUAUUUU